GGGUUGGGCCUUUCGCUGAAACCAGGGCUCGUCUGGGCUUUUUCGCUCAGCCCACACAAAACUUUCGCGCAGCAGGCUGUCGACUGGCACACAGACGGCACACCGGCGAGAACGCGGCGGCGGCGGCGGCGGCGGGGACCAGGGAAAAGACCAAUGGAGGAUGACUAUGCGGCAGCGUAUCUUCCUAUGGACAUUAUGUACAAGAUCCCUGGGCACAUCUCUGAUCCAGCCUCCCUUGCCCGCCUCGCUUCGUCCUGCAAGUUCUGGCGCAAUCUCAUCAAGGACCCGACCUUCCUUGAUCGCCUUAGCAGGCGGCACCGCGACCAUGGCUCCACCCAAUCUCUCCUUCUCGGCUUCUUCUACCAGGACAAUGAGAGGACUUCCCCAGACCUCAUGAAGUAUCACAUUGACAAAACACGCUGUUUGGCACCAAGCUUCGUGCGGAUAUCUGAAUUGUCACGAUUUGUUGGCAGCAAAUCUGCUUGCAAUGCUAUCAAGCCACUAUCCCUUGAGACCUUCAUCCCAGGUCUUGGUGCAAGCCUCAACUUCUAUAAGCCCGUUGCAUCACAGGACAACUUCCUGGUCCUCCGUCGCCUGUCGAAAGACGCCAAUGGUCACAUGAAUGAUGAGUUAUGUGUCUGCAAUCCUCUCACUGGUGAAACCUUUGAGAUUCCUAGCCACUUAUAUGUACCUCCUGACCAUUAUGUCUUGUUUGUCACCAAAGAGGUCGACAUUGAUGGACGCAUAUCCCACUCCUUCCAGCUGACUGGCAUUUUUUGGAUGAAAAAAGCAAAGCGUUUCAUCAGUGUGUGCUGCAGCUCGAAGACUGGAAGAUGGACGAUGUCUUAUGAAUUUCCUGAGCUAAUGCCUGGCCAUUACUUGGUGUCAUCCUCAGCCGCUGCUUCUGGCAGUGUCAUCCAUUGGCUCUGUGGUUCUUUGGAACAAAUGUCGCUCACCCACGUUGCCACACUGCAUAUUGAAAAUAUGGGGCUGUCAUACCUGGAGCUCCCACCCGAAGCAAAUCACAUCAAGAUACCAGUGCUGGCGAAUUCAGCAAAUGGGGGGAUUCUAUUGCUCUUCGUGCAAGGCCUUCAGAUGUCACUCUGGAAACACAUCAGUGUGCUUGGCAGUGGCAGCAGCAGCUGGUUGCUUUCUGAAAGGAUUGACUUGACAAGUUCCUUGCCUAAGCAGGUGGCAGCCUUGGGGAUCAGGGCAAAGGUCAGGUUGGAGAUGUUCCGAGGCAAGAGUGGGGCGGUGGUGCUCAGGGUUGUUGGAGAAGGCCUCUUUCUGUUCAGCUUCGGCGAUAGGUCGAUGAGGAAGAUUGACAGUGCAAGUGUGACCAGGAAACACUUCCUCUGCCCAUAUGAAAUUGAUUGGCUGACCUGCCUUGCAAUCACAAACCUCGUCGUCAAUGGCUCGUUGUUGCUGGAUGUAGAACGUAAAAAGGCUCAAGACAGAUGGAGGACAUUAAUGGGAAUGAAUUUGGGGACGAACGGAGCAUCUUAAUGGCUAGGAACAGCGUCGGUCCGGUUUGUUUGUGGCACAACAACCAUGAAUUCUACUAUUGUUGGACGUGUUUUCUUUUCUAUGAUCAUCAUAAUAAUGAGCGGUGACUAUCAGUUGUUACUUCAGUCCCCCAUAGGUUUUCUUAGAGAAGCCGUGUCCUGUUGAAAUCCAAGGUUAUCUUUCCUAAGCUGUGUUUAUUUUCUUAUAUCGAAUAUAUGUUGUGUUUGACCCA